GCACAAAUCAUGUCGUGCAACGUUGGCUCCGUGACACGACUGGAUGCCAUUGGGGAGGCGUUUCCAACUGUCUGGCCGGCGAUCAUGGGCCGUUGGAGACCUAUGGGCACGUCAUGCUCAGACGCCAUGGCAUGCUGUUGUUCUGUCGGUCUUUGUUGUUGUUGUUUACCCCGUGCCUACUUUGCGACCUAUAGAUAUGCACCUUAAGGGAAUUUCUGGCGUUGAGUUGGGCCAGAUCGCUUGCCUACCAAUCAUGGGCGCCCUGAUGGUCGGGGUUUGGAGUCUUGCUCUAGAAAGAUGAUCUGUCGCAUUUCCCGCGAUAAUCAGGCCCCAAUGAUGGAAUUACAGUUGAGAAUAGGGAGGAGAUACUAUCUAUCUUCUUCUGCGUUGGAGCCGGUUGAUGUCUCGAUGGGUAUCGACAGCAGGUGUCACGGGUAAGCUGCUUUGUUUCAGGAGAUAGUUUAGGGAGCAGCUUUGCUUUCCCAUGUACGUCGGAUGUAUCUACAGGUCGAGUGUGGGAAAUCCACUGGACAGAAGGAAAACACCAAACAGCCCUAAACCCUUCCAGCCUGUACCUCUCCGCUGUUGUCACCUGGUUUUACCCGCAGAGCCACAAUUGUCUCAUUCUCUGUCUGACUGCCCGUUUGUUUUUUCCCCAUGGGACCAGAACCCAUCGAAGUACUGACUGGUUCC